CAGGGGGCGGGGGCGGCGCCGCGGAGCAGAGCGGGGUAACGGGACGCGCACCGCACCGCAGGUCCCAACCGCGCGCUGUCCGGCGGAGCCCAGAGCCGAGCCCGGAGCCGGGCGGGACGCGAGCCAUGCCCUACCUGCUCAUCAGCACCCAGAUCCGCAUGGAGGUGGGCCCCACCAUGGUGGGCGACGAGCACUCGGAUCCGGAGCUGAUGCAGCAUCUGGGGGCCUCCAAGAGAAGUGUCCUGGGGAACAACUUCUAUGAAUAUUAUGUCAACGACCCUCCUCGCAUAGUCUUGGACAAGCUGGAACGCAGGGGCUUCCGAGUGCUGAGCAUGACAGGGGUGGGCCAGACCCUGGUGUGGUGCCUGCACAAGGAGUGACCUUCUCACACUGACUUGCAGAUGAGACACUGCUGCACUGACUGCCUGCUCACUCUUCCCAGGUCGUCACCUUCUCCAGCCGAGCAUGGAUGGGCAGGACUGGCCUUGCGGGGGGCUGGGGGGGGGGCUGGCCCAGGCGUUACAUCACCCCAGCUGCAGGCGUCCAUCCGGAGCACACAGUCCAGAGGGCAGCCCAGGAGGGGCGGGCAGGUGCUGCGUGGCCUGUCCACGCCAAUAAAGGCCUCUGAUGAGUGGUUGCUCCUCUG